GUUUCCCUUUCGUCUCUCACCUCAACAACCUCACCUUUCUCUCUCUGUCUAUCUCACCCCCCAAACCAGGUCACAAUGGCCAUCCGCAACGGGUCGUUCGCGACCUUCCUCAUCGUCUGCCCAACGAGCUUCUUCCUCGGAAUCAUCUUCUCCCUCUUCCCCUACGACUACCCAAUCCUCUGGUCGCCAACCCCGACCCCCGCAACACACUAUGACUACUUCGAAGCGCACCUCAGAUUCCUGCACGCGUCGCCGCCCCUCAUCCCGCGCAUGCUCCACAUCGUCAUGUUCCUCGGUCUAGCCGGCAUCCUCGCGAAGCUGUACCGCCCCUCGGAAUCAAACAUGCUCUUCGACGGCGCCUCCCUCGUCCUCUACAUGUGCGGCAUCACCGUCUACAUCGCCAACACCGUCAAGGGUCUGCGUCUGGUUUCGGGCGGCCGCUACGGCGUGGAAUUGGUGACUGGCCAUGGUGGGGGCGAGGAGUUGGCUGAGGGGGAGCAGAUCCUUGGUCGGGAGGAUUCGCUCAAGGUGUUGGCUGCUAGUAACACUAUCCUUGCGCUGGUGCUGGUCGGUGUGUUGGUGUUGCAGGCGGGGCAGUGGUAUGCGGAGAGGAAGAAUGAGCAGGAGUAUGAGUCGCUUUCUGGCGCGAAGGGUGAGAAGGGCGAGAAGGGCGAGAAGGAGAAGGCGGGGAAGAAGAAUCGGUAAUUUUUUUUACCCUUUCUUUCUUUCUUUGUUUGUUUGGGUUACAUGGCCUUGUUCCCGGCUUUGGUGUGGUUAAGGGGUUGUUUCUUGUCAUUGUAUCUACUAUGUACAAUCACUUCUACUCUCCUGACCCCACCCCACGUGGUGAUAUGUGACGAUCUAUAUACAACCCAUCCAU